AUGGCAGCCACUGCAGAACAAACCGGUGUCAAGGUUGGCGGAGGCCAACGAAGUUUCCAUCAAGAUUCCGAGGCGCCGUAUAUGCUGCCAAAUGACUCCGCGGAACACGCUCGUCUCGAACGACAGUCAAGAGUCUUGUCCGCACUCAUGAACCACAAAAUUCCUCAUGCACCGCUUGACCCAAACAAGACGCAACGCCUGCUCGAUAUCGGCUGCGGUACAGGCUAUGUGACCAAGACCUUGGCGGACAAAUUCCCAAAUGCCCAAGUCUACGGCGUAGACCUCACUCCCGUCCCACAAAUCCGAGAAUAUCCUCCCAACGUGCGAUUCCUGCAAGGAAACAUCGUGACCCAAUCCCCAGCAGAAUGGAAACCUCUUAAUAGCGACGCCAGCUUGACCGAGCACGAGAAUGUCUUCGACCUAUGCUUCGAAAGACUUUGCGUGAAUACAGUUCCAGACGCUCCAGGUUUCCUCAAACGAGAAUUUCAUCUCCUCAAACCCGGAGGCUGGAUCGAAAUGCACGAGCUCGGUAGACCAACAGUUCUCAGGGAUGGCUCCAAAGCAUCUCAGAUGGACGUAAUAGAAAAAAUAGAGGAUCUCUACUCAGAAAAGACCGGCGCGGUAAUGCGACCCGGCGACUUGGCAGCAGACUGGAUGCGGGAAGUCGGUUUCAUCAACGUACAAACUCAUGAGUAUUUAUGGCCAAUCGAUAUUGCUGGUGCAAGCCCAGAGCUCCGAGCGGAAUUGAGCGAUAUUGCGGAUGGCACCCUCGCUCGGGAUCAGGUGGAUGUUGUGACAAGCAUAAUUACGCGGAUGAAUAUGCGAGGUGUGCUAGACGACGCUGAAGCCAGCGCCAUGAUCGAGGACACCAGAGCAUUUUAUCUUUCAGAUGUUCAGAAGUAUUAUAGGUUUAUUGUAACUAUUGGUCAGAAGCCGGAAUAG